AUGAACCAUGAAAGGGAUUUUAGAGUGGACGAUGACAAAACGAAUCUGCACUCUAGGGAGGAAAGAGUUGAUCUGUUAGAGAUGCAGUAUGUUCUGCUGGUCCCCUCCGUUCUACAUGAAGCCUCCUCGGGUAGAGCCUGCGCCCAGCUUCUGAAUCUUACUGAACCCGUUGUCUUGACUGUCUUCCUCAACUAUGAUGAGGUCCAGAUCUACAUAUUCGAAGAGAAAGUUAUUGAAGAAAAUUUCUUCCAGUGCUUCAGCUUUGAGGUUCCUCCAGCCAGAUCUGACCCACUGGCUUUCAUUACAUUCUCUGCUAAAGGAGCCACUCUCCACUUGGAAGAGAGGCGGUCUGUGGCAAUCAGUCCUAGGGAAAACGUGGUCCUUGUGCAGACAGAUAAACCCAUCUACAAACCUGGACAAAAUGUGAGGUUUCGAGUUUUGACUCUGGAUGAUCACUUGAAGCCUGUUGACGAAACGAGACGAAGCUAUUACAGGUCAAGGGAAAAUGUAAAUAAAGGCAUGCAGGAAGAGAAUCUAGAGGAUGUAGGGAAUAGCAAGAACACGGCCUUGCUGAGUCAUAGUACAAACACCUGGAGACUACAACCUAGCCAGAGACCGUCUGAGAACAAGGGUGAUGAUAAUGAGAAUUCAUGGUCAAAAGACAAUGAGUCAUGGUAUCCAGUGAUCACCCUUACGGAUCCACAAGGUAACCGCAUACAACAGUGGGUGAAUGAGGAGUCUGUGAGGGGUAUCAUUCAGCUCUCCUUCCAGUUAAUCUCAGAGCCCAUCCUUGGGUGGUAUCAAAUCACCGUGGAGACGUUCUCUGAAAAGAAAAUAUACCAGUCCUUUUCAGUGGAAGAAUAUGGCUAUCAGGGCAGCGGGGACUUUGGAGCAAAUACCAAGAAGCUCAGUUGGUGCAUGGCAGACGCAGCAAUCAGGCAGCUGGAGCUGUCUUGCCCUCCCCAUCACUACUUAAGCCGCAGCACCUGCAGAGCAAUGACUGUGAGAGAGGAAGUUUAUACCUAUGGCAAACCUGUAGAUGGGAAGGUUCUACUGAGCGUGUGCAGAAAACCCUCUUUUUACGGUGAUUGUAAAUAUCUUCCCACUGCACUCUGUAAAAAUUUUACCACUCAGUUAAGAAAGGAUGGCUGUGUCUCCCAGUUCAUCAGCACGGAUGGUUUUGAGUUACAUCGGGAAGGAUACUGGAGUUACCUUCAUGUGAAUGUUCAUGUGACAGAAAACGGAACAGGUGAACAGCUUACGAGGUUCAAGUCCAUAAACAUAGACUCAUCGAUGGUGAAGAUCACAUUUGAGAACAUGGAUACAUUCUACAAACAGGGACUCCCUUACUUUGGCCAGAUUAAACUGCUUCAUCCAGACAACUCUCCCAUCCCAAAUGAAGUUAUCCAGUUGCACCUGAAGGACAAAAUUGUGGGCAACUAUACCACAGAUGCAAAUGGCACUGCUCACUUUUCUUUGGACACAUCUAAGUUUACAUAUCCAAAUAUCACUUUGAAAGCAACCUACAAGGCCAGUGAAAAUUGCAAGGCUGAGGGCUGGGUGUUGCCUCAAUACCCUCAGCCAGAGUAUUUUGUACCCAGAUUUUACUCCAAGACCAACAGCUUCCUAAAGAUUGUCCCUGAGAUAGAAGAGCUGAAAUGCAACCAACGGAAGCAAGUGAUGGUGCAUUAUCUUCUCAACAUGGAAGACUUUAAAGACAGAACUUACACGGCAGUCUUCAAUUAUUUGGUGAUUUCAAAGGGUGCAAUCAUUCUUCAUGGGCAACAGGAAAUUGUGAUCCAUGAUAAUGCUAAGACUGGCACCUUCUCCGUUCCUGUAGAGGUGAGCGUCGAGCUAGCGCCCUCUGCAGUUAUGCUGGUCUAUAGCUUGCAUCCUGCAGGGGAAAUGAUCACCGACAGCACCCGAUUUGAAAUUGAGAAGUGCUUCAAUCAUGAGGUCAACUUAAAGUUUUCUAAAGAAAAAAGUUUACCAGGAUCCAAUAUCAGUCUUCAAGUCUCAGCUGCUCCACACUCUCUUUGUGCUCUUUGGGGUGUAGAUCAAAGUAUAUUGCUACUAAGGAGCUAUGGCCAGCUGUCAGCGCAAAGUGUAUAUAAUCAGCUACAUUACAAGGACCUGUAUGGUUAUUAUUUCAAAGGACUUAACUUAGAAGACGGCCCUAAAAUGCCAUGCCUCCAGAAUGAGCACAUUCUUUACAAUGGAAUUUAUUACAAGCCCGUGUGGGCCGACUUUGGGCAGGAUGCCUAUGACCUUGUGAAGGCAAUGGGACUGAAGGUCUUUACCAACUCUCACCUCCGGAAACCCGUGCUGUGUGAGGAUUCCAGACAUCGUGGCUGUGACGACCAACAUGGCUACGAUUACAUCGACUAUGGCUAUGCAUGUGAGUCAUGCUCCACAGGCAAGGCUGACCUCAGUCUUACUGUUCCUGAUACCAUUACGCAAUGGAAAACCAAUGGACUCUGCAUGAGUGACAGGACUGGGUUUGGCAUCUCCCCAACUAACUCCCUGACGGCUUUUCAGCCCUUCUUUGUGGAACUCACUUUCCCGUACUCAGUGGUUCGAGGAGAAGCAUUCAUCCUGAAGGCUAACACCUUCAACCACCUGAACAGAUGCAUUGAGAUUAAUACUGUACUGAGAGCAUCUAGGGGUUACCAAGCCAGACCUCUCUCAACUGAAGAUAAAAAUGUUUGUACGUGCAGCAGCGAGAAAAGAACCUUCACUUGGCUGAUGACCCCCCAAAUACUAGGUGCAGUCAACCUCACAGUCACGGCUGAAACCUUGCCAAAUAAUGGCUGCGAGAAUGGGUCACCCAAGGCUCUAGACAUUGGUUGGAGAGACACAGUGAUCAAACCAUUGCUGGUAGAGCCUGAAGGUAUUGAGAAGGAAAUGACACAGGGCUCCCUUAUUUGUACGUCGGGAUCCACAGUGUCUCAACCAGUAGUGCUAACUUUGCCAGAAAAUCUUGUGAAAGAUUCAGCUAGAGCUUAUUUUUCUGUCCUUGGGGACAUUCUUGGUUCUGCCAUGCAAAACUUACAGAGUCUCCUCCGGAUGCCUUUUGGUUGUGGAGAGCAGAACAUGGCGUUGUUUACCCCCACUGUCUACGUCCUGGACUAUCUCGGUCUGACUGAGCAGCUGACAGAAGAGAUCAAAUCUAAGGCCAUCGGAUAUCUGACCCAAGGCUAUCAGAAGCAACUCUCUUAUAAACACUUAGAUGGAUCAUACAGUACCUUUGGAUAUAAUGAUGGACAAGGAAACACAUGGUUGACUGCAUUCGUUUACAAGUCAUUCGCACAGGCAAACCGCUACAUUUAUAUCGACGACAAAGUUCAGUCCCAAACACUUAUUUGGCUCUUAAGUAUUCAGAAAUCAGAUGGCUGCUUCCAAAAUUUGGGCUAUGUCUUCAACAACGCUUUGAAGAAUGAAGAGGAGAAUGAAAUCUCUCUCACUGCGUAUGUUAUUAACGCCCUGCUUGAAGCUGGUCACCCAGUCUCCUUUUUGGCAAUUCAGAAGGGUCUCCGGUGCCUAGAGGCUGCAUCUGGGGAGCGAGCACUGACGGCCUAUGACCAGGCUCUCCUGGCCUACACGUACAGUUUAGUAAACUACAAAGACAAAAGGGAUUUUUUUGUCAAUGAGCUGAGGAAAAAGGCAAAGAAAGUAGGUGGCACCGUGCACUGGGAACUGAAAGAGCACUUUUAUGCAGAAGGAUCAUCCUUCUUCUACCCUCGGGCUCGCUCUGCAGACAUAGAGGUGACCUGUUAUGCGUUGCUGGCUCUUCUUUCUAAGUCAGGGCUGACUUCAGAAGAGCUGUCUUACACUUCGCAGAUCGUUCAGUGGGUGGCAAGGCAGCAAAACUCCUAUGGAGGCUUCUCCUCUACAAAGGAUACAGUUGUGGCACUCCAAGCCCUGACUCUCUUCCAGAGGCUCACUUUCUCUAGGAAUAGCCAGAAUUCCGUGCACCUUUUCUCUGACCGAGCGUUCAGUACGGACUUCCACACGAACGAUGAGAACCGUUUACUGCUACAACAAAUCCCAUUGCCGACAACGCAGGGAAACUAUACGUUGGAAGUGAAUGGCAAUGGCUGUGUGUACGUGCAGACCACUCUGAGAUAUAACAUCCUGCUCCCCAAGAAGUCAUCUGGAUUUUCCCUUUCUGUGAGUACAGCCAAUGCUUCAUGCAGAGCAUUAUCUCAUGCGAAGUUUGACCUCGUUGUUUCAGCCAGCUAUCACGGGAGACGCAGCUCCUCUAACAUGGCUAUCAUCGACGUGAAGAUGCUUUCAGGUUACGUGCCUGACAGACUCUCAGUGAAAAAGGUACAGAACUCAAUGUUGUUAGCUAAAAUGGCUUUAGAAUAG